UUCAAGAAAAACUCUUAGAAGGUCAAACAAAAAUUAAGAAUGUGCGUGAAAAAAAAUUAAUUGCAAAAAAAAAAAAAUCGUUUCAAAAGUGAAACUUACUAUACGAAUCAACUUAUUAAAAUGAGUAAUAAAAGUAUUUGUAUUUAUUAUGUUUGACUCCACGUAUUUUUAUUUUCAUUUUCCUUUGUUUCAUUCUCACUGCUCAGAUUUUUGCUCUCGCUACCAGAUUUGCAGUUUCACUUCUCGGCUUUCUCCUUUGCGCUGCGUGAGGUUUUGAUUGCAAUUCUGGCCCAACCCUCUCGGGUGGGUGGGACAUAAGAGAAGUGCUCUCCCAUUGGACAGUGUGAUCCUGAAUGACAGUUUGUGACCCGGAACCAGAAGUGACGCUGUCCCGCGAUUUUACUUGUUCCUCACGGGUCUUAGCGCCACCCACGUUCAUAUUUCCCCUGUGUACUGUGGAUCAAAGUGAGUAUUGAUCGUUUAUUUGAUAUUUUCUUGGAAACCCUGAGUUAAAACCCUUAAGUAAAGCCAAGUCAGGCAUUAACCAGACGUUAGAUCGCUAGCUACCUAGCCAAAGUGCUAGCCAGUACCCGAAUGCUUUAGCAGGGCUUUGGUUGGUCACCUGCCAGUCUAAGCGAGGAACGGUAUCAUAACUAAACCAGCGCAUAUCACCCACCCCCACCCCUGCGUGUGCAGCCUACAUUAAUAAUCUUGUUGAUUAGCCAUAGGAAUCUGUGCAAAGUCAGAGAGUUUGUAGCUACUGGAGCUAACCUGUGUUUUAACUGAAGUCAUAUUUUUUUUCACUUUAGAGUAAUGCAACAGCAUGGCUUCCGAUAAAGAACCAAAUAAACAAGGCAGAAGGACUCAGCAAAGAUCUCCCCAAGUUGCUGAGGCGGCCACAGAGGCUGUCCAGAAUAUUCUGUCAGUUUUGAACCAGUCAUUGGGCAACAGCAGAACAGAUAACAGUCAGGGACAGAACUCAAGGCAGCCGCAGAGCAUGGAUGAAGAAAUGGCCAGGUCUUUUCCUGGACUGUUUAGGCGGGGGACAAAGCGAAAUUCACCAUGCAUGUACAGGCCAACAAAGAUUGCCAAACACUGGAGCUCAUUCAACUUUACAGUUUUUCUUCUGUGCAAAAAUUGUGACACAACUCCUUCACCUGUUCAAGACUUGCAGCACAUGCAGGCAGGUCUGGGAAAAAGAACUCUUUCAAUGCCAAAAGACUUUACUCAUGCAGAGGUCUCCAGCUUGUUUCAGAGUACAUAUCCAAAGAUGAAAACAAUCAGUGGUGGAUGGCUUUUGUACAAAGCAGCUGGAGGAAAUGGACGGCGCCAUUUAUCUGUUGUUCCUCCAGAAUCAGAGGGAUACACUGGAAGUACAAUAAGAAGUGCAUCUGCAGGGGGGAAAACCAUGCUGUACAUUGUUCCUUUACAGGAAGAAUUUGAUCUGACACCUCUACCUCACGAUGCACAAGAAUUUGGCCUCAUGCCAAAGGCUGAAUGCAAGACUUGCCUUAAAAUCAUGCCUUUGCAGCUUCUUGCCCUACAUGUAAAACAGUGCAGUGCCCCAGACACAGUUUCUGAUUCAGAACUAGAUUCGGAACCAGAGGUUGUUGAGAUACCCUGUCAUUAUGAAAAACCAAAAGAAGGAACAUGUCCUUUGUGCCAAGUGGUUUUCCCAACCAGGGAUUUGGAGAUACAUGCUAGUGUCUGUGGCGACGUUGGAAGUCACUUGGACAGUCCUGCCUCCUAUGACUCUGCCAGUCCAGUUGGGUUACAACUGCUUCAGAAUGAAGAAAUGUCCUGUGAAGAGGAUGUGCUACGAUGGCUGGCAGCUCAGGUUGAUGCGAGCAAAGAGUUCUGCCUUUGUGUGUCCAGAACUAAUCUCAUAGAGCGUGGACUAAUGCUUUGGCAGCGCCAGAAGCACAGUUCACCACAAAAUGUUUUGAAGGUAACUUUCAUGGGAGAGGCAGGGGUUGACACAGGUGCUCUGCGGAAAGAAUUUCUUACAGAAAUGAUUGCUGGUAUUGAAACCAGACUAUUUGAAGGUGAAGAUGGAAAAGGCAAAAUGCCCAAAUACUCCAUCAAUGACCUGGAUAACGGGCUGUUCCGUGCUGCUGGUGAAAUAUUUGCUGUGAGCUUAGCUCAAGGUGGCCCAGCACCAAAGAUCUUACAAGAAUGGUGCUAUGAUUUCCUUUUAACUGGAAAUCUGGAAACAGUUGAUGUGAAGGAUGUGCAUGACCAAGAGUUGUCUUCAUUAAUCCAGAUGGUUGAAGAAGUGGAGGAUUUAUCAUCUUGCACCGAGCAAAUCAUCAACUGUGGUUACACGGGACCAAUUAAUAAGGACAACAAAGACAAAAUAAAGAGGGCAAUUAUGCUGCACUCAGCUGCAAGACGAACUUUAAUGCUUCGCCAGCUCCGUGAGGGAUUACAGCUUUAUGGCCUGAUGGGAGUCAUGGAAAAAAACAGACAACUUUGCCGGGACUUGUUUGUUGCUGGGAACAGCGAUGAGGUUGACUCGUUUUACAUUGUGUCACAUCUGUGCCCAAAGAUGAGUGAAAAAGGAACACAAAGACAUGCAACAGAGAUACAAAUCCUUAAUAAUUUCCAAGACUUCCUGCAGGAGCUUGAAGAUGGUUCUGCAGAAGAUGGACUGUCAGUUCCAGACGUGAUGCAGUGGUUAACUGGCCAGGCGCACCGGCAUUUGCUACUCUCAGAGAGAGAAACUUUUAAGAUACAUGUCAAUUUUGACCACACAUGCAUGGAGCGAAUGCCACAGCACACCACCUGCUACCCAGUUGUUAGUGCGUGCACACAAACAAUAACAUUUCCAAGUGUGCAUUUCGUCAAUAAGAAUGACUUUAACGAAAAAAUGGAAACGGCAGUCAAGAGCGGUGCAGGCUUCCACUUGAUCUAACAUAAGAUUCCAUUACUACUGUUGUUACUCUACUUAUGUAGGUCUGUUUUCUCAUCCGUUAAUGUAAACCCAUCCACCGAAACAUUUUAUUUUAGAUUAACUGUGAAAAGAAUACCUUCGUUAUGUUUACAAUGUUGCAGUUUCAAAGUUGAAAUAAGAAAUAAAGGUUUACAUUUUUCAAUGGUA